AAUGGGUAAGAACCAAAUCACUAUCAACGAUAGUACUAUUCAAUCCCAAGGAAUUUGUGAAAAAAAAUUCAAAAUAGUGAAUAUAAAUCCAGCUUUUCGAUCAUUUCGCCGUAGUCUUCCAGAUGAAAGUCCAAAAUUUGCUACUAAUUCAGCUAAAGCUUCCGUAUUAAAACCAGUUUCUCUUGAAUUAAAUCGCCAGCAAAUUCCAUCGCAAGGGAAAUAUCAGAACUUGUCUUCUGACUCCAACAUGGUCCUCGUAGAAUAUAAUCACAUUGGAGGAGACAUGAAUAGUGCAACAACUCACAAGUUUAAGACUGAACCAAUGAAAGCUAUGAACAAGUCCUCUAUAAAGAACAAUAUGAUCUCUAUAGUUCAUCAUCAUCAAAUAAAUGAAUUAGAUGAUAAUGAAAGGUUUUCUAAUUAUAUUGAUCAUGUCAAAAACAAGAUGAGAAAUAUGUCUAAUUUUGAUGAUGAUCAUAAAGUCACUCAUCAUAACUAUAUUAUUGACCGCUCUAAGAUCAACAUUAAUUAGAAGUACUACACACAGAGUUAUUUAUGAAUAAUUUUAUCAUAUGCUUUAAUUAAAUAAGGAGAAUUUUGUUGAGUGCUAUAUAUAAAUUGAUUUUUAUUAUA